AUGAGCUCGGGAUCAAUCCCAAAGACGCAAACUGUAGCGCUCGUUCGCGAGCUCGGCGGCGCCGUUGAGUUCCAAGACGAUUAUCCCGUCCCUGUACCUGGUCACAAUGAAGUGCUAGCCAAGGUUCUCUAUUCUGGAGUGUGCCAGAGCGAUCUUCAUACUAAGGCCGGAACCGCAGCUGGUGCAGACGGCAAUCCCAUCACCCAGAUCAAGCUCCCUCAUGUUGGUGGCCAUGAGGGAGUCGGACGUAUCAUCGCUCUAGGUCCCGGCUGUGGAUCAGAUAUCAAGGUUGGGAAUCUUGUUGGCAUCCGCUUCGCAAGUCGUAUUUGCCGGCAAUGUGAGUUCUGCCUUGCCGGAAUGGAGCAGUAUUGCUUGAGGAGCACAAACCACCUGCAUCAUGAGGAUGGAAGUUUUCAGGAGUAUAUUGCACUGGACGCAGACUACCUGACGAUUCUGCCCAAUGAUGUUGAUCCAAGUGUGGUCGGACCGGUGCUGUGUGCUGGGGUGACGGCGUAUAAGGCUGUUCUUAACGCUAACGUGAGGGCUGGAAACUGGCUGGUUGUGGUGGGAGCUGGUGGAGGCCUGGGUCAUCUGGCGGUUCAAUACGCCCGGGCACAGGGGGCCUUGGUAAUUGGUGUGGAUGGGCCAGGCAAGCGAGAUUUUGUGCUGGGUCUCGGAGCCGAAGAAUUCAUCGACUUCACCAAAGAAGAUCCGAUCAAACGUGUCCACGACAUUACCGGUCUUGGGGCUCACGCUGUUGUAGUGACUGCAGGAAGCGCAAAGGCUUUCACCCACGCGUGUGAAAUGCUACGGAUUGAAGCGAUUGCGACCAUUGUCAUUAGGGGCUUGAAGAUCACUGGAAACCUGGUUGGAUCAUUGAAAGAAUGUAUGGAGGCUGUUGAUAUUGUAAAGCGAGGGAUAGUGAAACCGGAGAUCAAGGUUCGGCAAUUCAAAGAGCUGCCAACAGUAUAUGAGGAAAUGGAGAAGGGCGAUAUCUCUGGAAGAAUUGUGCUCAAAAUCGCUGAUCCAUAG